CGCCUGCGCUCUAAAAAAAGUAUCCCUGGCAUAGGUAUCUUGAUGCAGAUAUAUCUAUAUGUGUAACUGAUCAAUUUCAUCAACUUCACUGAAAUAUCACCUGAUUACAUAGUAAACAUUCAAACAAAUUAUUAAAAAUGGGAAACGAAAGUUCUUUGCCGAUGGAACUUUGUUCAAAUUUUGAUGCUGAUGAAAUCAGACGAUUAGGAAAAAGAUUUCGCAAAUUAGAUCUGGACAACAGCGGAGCGUUGAGUAUUGAUGAGUUUAUGUCGUUACCAGAAUUGCAACAAAAUCCAUUGGUACAAAGAGUAAUUGAUAUUUUUGAUGCUGAUGGUAACGGUGAAGUUGACUUUAAAGAGUUUAUUCAAGGCGUUUCACAGUUCAGUGUUAAGGGUGACAAAGAAAGUAAACUGAGAUUUGCAUUCAGAAUUUAUGACAUGGAUAAUGAUGGAUUCAUAAGUAAUGGUGAACUGUUUCAAGUUCUCAAGAUGAUGGUCGGUAAUAAUUUAAAGGACACUCAGCUUCAGCAAAUUGUUGAUAAGACAAUUCUGUUUGCUGAUAAAGAUGAAGAUGGAAAAAUAAGUUUUGAGGAAUUUUGCUCGGUUGUUGGUAAUACUGAUAUACAUAAGAAAAUGGUCGUCGACGUAUAAUUAAUUAAACUAAUUUUAAAAUGUAAAAAAAUCUAUCUUCGACAUCAUUAUUGCAUAAUUACUUAAAAAAAAUUUUACAAUUUCACUCCAUCUAAUAUUAAUUA